AUGAAUAACGUGGAGUUCAACGGCUCUAAACUGCGAAUAUAUCCAGAUAUGUCAGCAGCACUAGCGAAAAAACGCGCAGCGUUUAAGGAUGUCAAACAGCUAUUGUAUGUGAAGAAUAGCUUCAAUGGGGUGGAACUCUUAGAUCUCCUCUUUGAGCAGGCUGAUGAGAACUCGGUUCCUGAAGAGCCCGAGGGUGUCCAUGUUAACCUAGCCAGGCCAUUCCCGGAUCAAAGUUUACCGUCCCACAGCGGUGAUGAAGCUGAUCAUUUCCUGGGCUCCUUGCUGAAUGUGUGCAAGUGUGUGUCAGGCUCUAGCUCACCCCUAUGGGCCCCGUCGCCCUGCGACAGCGGCAUCAGUGAUGAUCCGCUUUCAGACCAUUUGGACAGUCCUCCUCCAUCCUCCAACCUGCUCUUUGAUUCCUUCUUCAUCUCUCAGCACCAACAUCCUCAUCCUCUUUCUCCUCCUCCUCUUCAUCCUCCUCAGCAGUCCCAACAACAACAACAACAACCACCACCACCCAGACUGGUCUCGAGCUCAGCAGACCAAGAGAUUUCCAUUGAUGUGGAGGCCUGCGAGUCCAAUCUGUCUUUGUACAGUUUGAUGGUUCCUCAGUGUAUGCCAACAGUAGAUCUGAGCUCUGAUGCCUCUUCAGUUUUCCAGCUCAGUGUGAAGGAUCUGCUCCUCUCUAAUUUCGGAGAACCUCCCAAGCAGCCCUCAGCUUCUCAGAACUUGCUGCAGGAACUCGUUCUUAAUGAUGAUGAGAAGAAACUUUUAGCCAAGGAAGGAGUGUCUCUACCCAGCCAACUUCCCCUCACUAAGUAUGAAGAGAAAAUCCUGAAAAAGAUUCGUAGAAAGAUUCGGAACAAGCAGUCUGCACAAGAAAGCAGAAAGAAGAAGAAAGAAUACCUUGAUGGCUUAGAAGGGAGAAUGGCUGCCUGCAGUGCCCAGAAUAUGGAGUUACAGAAGAAAGUGGCUCAGCUGGAGAAAACCAACACGUCUCUGAUGGAGCAGUUACGAAGGCUGCAAGCCCUGGUGAUUAACAGCGCUAACAAACCUGCUCAGACUGGCGUGUGUAUCCUGGUUCUACUGCUGUCUUUUUCUCUCAUCCUGUUCCCCAGGUUCCAGCCAUUGUCCCACAGCAGGAUCAGUGAUCCGGCAGACCUUAUCACAGACAAAGUUCAGUCGCGUUCACUGCGCUCUGUGGUAGAGGUCCAUAGUCUGCAGCCAGUCUCCUCCAUGGACAGGCACAUGGAGACAACCACCAACAUCAUUUCCAAGACACAUAUCAGGCCUGAAUAUGCCGAUAUGGACCCCCUACACCACAACCGAAGUUAUGGAGAUCAGGAGCAUCAUCAUGGUGACCCAAUCACUGGGCACACAGCCAUGCUGGGUUGGCAUAAUUCACGGCCAUGUAAUCAGAAAGACAAGAAAUGA